AUGCGCUCUUCAUACAUUCUCUCUUUGGCGCUAUGCCUCGCAGCAUCCGCCCUCUCUCACACCCUCCCAACACGUAAUUCACCAGCUCUUCCCCCCUCGCAAGACCCCUGGUACACCGCGCCAGAAGACCUCCUCUCGUACCCAGCAGGAAGCAUAAUCCGAGUCCGCCCCGAUCCAUUGGCCAUCUACGCCGCAAUUGGCAAAAACCUGACUUCCGCAAGCUACAACAUCCUCUACCGCACGACCGACAGCAACGAUCUGCCCACUUUCGCAGUUACGACUCUUCUCACUCCUGUGUUGAAGUCUAGUAGCGGCAAGAAAUCUCAGGGAUUGGUGUCGUACCAAAUACCCUACAACUCCCCGUCGGUCGACGCAAGUCCCUCCUGGACACUUUCCACAGGACUUAACUGGACAUUCCCCGACAUUACGGCUGCGCUUCAGCAAGGAUGGUACGUUAGUGUAACCGACUUCGAGGGCCCCAAUGCCACUUUUGGCGUGGGCGCUGCUGAGGGCCACGCCGUUCUCGACGGAUUGCGCGCGGUGACUAAAUCCUCUUCUUCCCCCGCUGUUGCCUCUGGGGUUAAAGCAUGGAAAAUCGGCCUUUGGGGCUACUCCGGCGGCUCAAUUGCGAGUGAAUUCGCCGCCGAGCUUCGCGCCUCGUACGCACCCGAGAUGGAGAUUGCGGGCGUCGCCAUUGGCGGUUUACCAACCCCAAUUACUGCGGUAUCGCAAGUCGUCAACAAAACCCCUUUUGCAGGAUUGAUCAUUUCUGGAUUAUGGGGGUAUGCCAACGCAUUCCCCCUCGUGGAAUCGUAUUUGCUCAGCCGACUCACAGACGAAGUCAAAGCCUCCGGCAACUUCACCGCAGCUCGAAGUAUGGUUAUCGACGAAAUCUUUGCCGUGUACCGCUAUGUGGACGUCUUUUCAUACUUUAUCGGCGGCGAGGCUGAUAUUUUCUCGAGUACCCUGUUGCACUACUUUUGGGAUAUACAGGGGACCAUGGGGAUUCAUGGGCUGCCUGACGUACCCAUGUACGUCUACAAGGCGAUUGGUGAUCAAUUGGCGCCUAUACAGGACACCGAUGCUUUGAUUGACAAGUAUUGUGCUGCAGGCCAAGCGGCCGCGGCACGGAAAGAGGGCGGAGUGCAGAUUUUGUAUGAGAGGAACACAAUCGGUGGACAUGUUGCCGAGGAGGGUAAUGCCGAUACGGCUGCGGUUGAGUUUUUGAGUCAGGCGAUCAAUGGUAAGUUGGGUGCUGGGUGGCCUGGAAAUGGUGGGUGUGUGGUAAGGAAUGUGACUGUUGGAACUCAAACGUUUCCGGAUUGGUAG